UCUCUACAUAUGUUCCGGUACCUUCCUGUAAGAAGCAAGAGAAUGGGUAGCUCUGAAGAAGAAAGACUGGUCCAGAUGGUCAGAGACUACAUUGAAUCAGAAUCAACCACACCCAUAUCCUAUACUCCUUCAAAACCCCUCCAAGUUUGUCAUAAAACGUCAUACGUAUCUUUGCAGGAGAUCCUUAAAAGUGUCACAGAUGCUGAGAUUGAGGUUCUUGGAAGGACUCUAUGUUACUUGAAGAGCUUGGAGGCUAUAGGGCAAGCCAAUAACCUCAAGAAAUGGGUAGUACUGAACUUGAAGAAGGAUGGUUAUGAAGCUUCUCUCUGUAAAACUUCUUGGGCCACUGCUUUCGGUCGCCUUUCAGGUGAUUACGAAUAUAUUGAUGUCAUGACAAAGGAUGAUAGUGGUGGCAAACCCGUAAGGUUUAUAGUGGAUAUUGAUUUUAGGUCUCAAUUCGAAGUGGCAAGGCCUACACCAACCUACAAAGUGCUCUCAAACUCUCUUCCUUCCAUAUUUGUGGGUACUGAAGAAAAGCUCAACCAGAUAAUCUCUAUCCUGUGCUCAGCUGCUAAGCAGUCUAUGGAAGAGAGAGGUCUUCACAUUCCUCCAUGGAGAAGAACAAAUUACAUGCAGUCCAAGUGGCUCUCUGAGAACUGCAAGAAAGUUUCAUUCUCACCCAAUAGGGAAGUUGGGUUUCCUAAAUUUGAAUCUGAAAGUGGCCUUUUUUGUGGUUCCUUCAAGUUCAGGAAUUGGACACAUACAAUUUUGAAACAUUAGACAAGGUUCUAAGCCAGUUGUCAGAGAUGGGGUUUCAAUUGCUAUCAAAUUUUGUUGGGUUUUUUGUUUUGUUUUGUUUUGUUUU